AUGGCAAACUAUACAGAAACUUUCGCUGCGUGGACUGCUAUAUGCUUAACUGAUCAUACACUCUUGGGGGACGAUGACAAAGAAGAAGAUAUAAGAAUGUUGUGUCAAGAGUCUAUUAAGACUUGUCCAUUUGCAGCAGCAGUUUGUGUGUACCCUCAAUAUGUUAAAUUUAUUAAUGAACAAAUAAAAAAAGAAAUAAACCCAUUUAAACCAAAAAUUGCCUGUGUCAUAAAUUUUCCACAUGGUACAGAUAGUAUGGAAAAAGUUUUAGAAGACACAAAGAAAGCAAUAAAUGAUGGAGCUGAUGAAAUAGAUUUAGUUAUAAAUUAUAAAAAAAUUUUGCAAAAUGUUGACGAAGGAUUGAAAGAAGCUACUGAUUUAACCCAGAAUGUUAAAGAUAUAUUAAAAAAUAAACUUCUAAAAGUUGUAAUAGAAGUUGGUGAACUUAAGUCUGAAGAAUUAAUUAUAAAAACAACAUUAGCAGUACUUGAAGGAAAUGCUGAUUUUGUUAAAACAUCUACUGGCAAGGUUAAAGUGAAUGCAACCCCUAGUUCUGUUAAAUCAAUUAUUAAGGCAAUAAAACAGUAUAUAGAAAAAAAACCUGAAAAAAAAGAUAAAAUUGGGUUAAAAGUAGCAGGAGGAGUAACAGAUUUAAAUUUAGCUAGCUAUUAUAUUUUGCUAGCAAGAACUUUUUUAAGUGCCCUUGCAUGUCAUCCGAAUAACUUCCGUAUUGGUUCAUCUUCACUAGUACCCAAAUUGAGAAAAGUUAUUCAGCAGUGCCCACCAUCUUAG